CCAUAAAUCCAGCACCAGUCCCCGACCCAGUUGACCUCUGAUACAACCAUCAGAGACUCAACCCAUUUACAGAGCCAGUCCUUUGCGUGCAGCAAAGCGACCCUUCACCAUUCCGUCCAUCACACACACCCGCUAUCCCACCACGGCUCCCCGGCUCCGCUCCAUUCUCAAGAACUCAAACACCACCACCAAGAUGCCGUCCUUCUCUCGCUCCUCCACUAUGCCUACCGCCAUCCACCCCAGCGACUCCAAGAAGGAGGCCCGCGUGGGCUUCCCGUCCGAACCCGUGACCAGCGUCCUCCGCCCUGUCAACAGCGCCGAGUCCUGGGCCGCCUACAACUUCGAGAGCCAUGCCCGCAAGUGUGCCUACUGCCACAACCCGUACGAGGUCCACCGCUCUCACGAGCAGCUGUGCGACGUCGGCCACCGCUUGGCACAGGAUGUUGCCCACUUCCUCUACAUCAACGCCGAGGGCGAGAGCUUCGCUACUGAGAAGGAAGACCACAAGGUCGUGCGUGUCGAGAUCCCGGUCGGCUACGACGAAGUGAGGGGUCUGUUGAAGGCUAUUGAGCGCUCCCUCCGCCACCGAUCGCGGCGCCCAUUCGUGUCUAUGGAUAGGACCUACUACGUUUCUGCCCGCGUACCCCUGCCAGACCGGUCACGCUCUGUCAAGAUCGCUCAAGCCUCCAAGCCCGUCAAGGUCCACCGACCGCGCUCCGGCGAGAUCGUCGACUGGCCCACGCAAGCAGCUACAGCGCAGCAGAAGGCCAAGGUCACCACCGAAGUCUCCCACUCUAAGCGUGGCUCCCUCUAUGCCUCCGAUGUGGAGCAGCAACGCCGCGACUCAGUACGCUACAACGUCGAAGUGCGGGAGCCGUCGAAGUGGGACAUCCGCGAGCACCGUCUCUCAGGCUACUACAGCUGAACGGCCUGACUUUCGCUAUAUGUGCUUUCUUCAUUGCAUUAUUGUAGCGCUACACGAACACCCUGAACGACAUCCAUCCAGAACACACACCACACCACCUCACCGCGCCCCGGGCCCCUUCCCGGGCCGUACAAAAUCCUCUCGCAUCUUGCUUGCACUCCUGCAUCUAGCUAUUCGCGCGUCUGAGAACGCCGGUACGACUGUGCUUUCUGGAAAAGCAUUGCCUUUUGGAUGGAUAAGAGUUUUGGGUUUGCGCCUAGAAAUAGGCGGGCCUGACGGGGAAUGGGAGGGAAGGGAGAGAUACUCCGCCAUGACGGCGUUGAGGUCACCCGCAGGAGCUGGGAGGAAUAGGAUAGCCCAUAGCGGGCUAGGAUAUCAGGAUCUAGACUUGGAGGCUUCGUCCGCAGUCUACUGCAGCUUUUUGCUAUAUUUGAAAUUUAAAGAAUUGUUUGAACCGCAUUA